AUGAAGGAAGGAGGACCUCCGCGGGUGGCUGAGAGGGUGGCCCAUAGACAGUCAGUGCACCUGGGGAGUUCCAUCAAGCUGCCAUGCCCUGUUGAAGGAGACCCGCCACCCCUCAUCAUGUGGACCAAAGACGGCCGCAACAUCCACAGCGGCUGGACCCGCUUCCGCAUCCUCCGCCUGGGCCUGAAGAUCAAGGAAGUGGAGGUUGAGGAUGCUGGAACAUACAUCUGCAAAGCCACCAACGGCUUUGGCAGCGUCAGUAUCAACUAUACCCUCAUUGUCAUUGAUGACUCUGGUGCUGAUAAGACUGGGCCAGGGGUCCCUGGUGGGGUGGAGUCAGAGUAUGACCCUGACCACCUAUCAGGAAAACUAGUGCGUCCCCGCUUCACACAGCCUGCUAAAAUGAGGAAACGGGUGAUCGCCCGCCCAGUGGGGAGCUCUGUGCGGCUGAAGUGUACAGCCAGCGGUAACCCUCGGCCAGACCUUGUGUGGCUGAAGGACGACAGGCCGCUGACGGAGCGCGAGGUUGGCGAGGGGCGCCAGAAGAAGUGGACUCUGAGCCUGAGGAACCUGACCCCGGAGAACAGCGGCAGGUACACCUGCAGAAUCUCCAACCAAGCCGGGGAGAUCAACGCCACCUACAAAGUGGAGGUCAUACAGCGGACCAACUCCAAACCCAUCUUGACGGGCACUCACCCGGUCAACACCACAGUGGACUAUGGGGGGACUACCGCAUUCCAGUGCAAAGUGAGGAGCGAUGUCAAACCCGUCAUCCAGUGGCUCAAGCGUGUGGAGUCCAACGAGGAGAGUCGGUACAACUCCACCAUCGAGGUGGGCGACCAUCGCUUCAUGGUGCUGCCAAUGGGAGAGGUGUGGUCACGCCCUGACGGCUCCUACCUCAACAAGCUGCUCAUCACCCGCGCCAAGGAGGAGGAUGCUGGCAUGUACAUCUGUCUGGGUGCCAACACCAUGGGCUACAGUUUCCGCAGUGCUUUCCUCACCGUGCUGCCAGACACCAAGCCACCCAUCCCCCCGAUGUUCACCCCAGCCUCCAGCACCCUACCCUGGCCUGUCAUCAUCGGCAUCCCUGCUAGCAUGGUGUUCAUCUUCGGUACAGUGCUGCUGUGGUUCUGCCAGAGUAAGAAGCACUGUUCCCCUCCCAGCACUCCGGCUGCAGCUGCCCAGGUCCUGCAGGCCUCCCACCGGCUGCCCUACCAGGAGAGGGACAGGAGCUGUGUGGCCCACUUCUCCACUUCCUCCAGCCCAGAGAAGGACUGCCUGGGCUCCAUAAACUAUGAGGAGUAUCUGGCUCAGCAGCAGCUUCUCCUCACUCAGGGGGGCUCUGCCCUACCCCCCAAAACCUACCCAGACAUCCACACUCACAUCCACUCCCACGUGGACGGGAAGGUGCACCAGCACCAGCACAUUCACUUUCAGUGUUAGCCAUGUGCCAAAUAAAAUAUAAUAAUAUAUGCCAUUUAGCAGAAGCUUUUAGCCAAAGCAACUUAUAGUCAUGUGUGUAUACAUUUUAAGUAUGGGUGGUCCCAAGAAACAAACCCACUAUCCUGAUGUAGCAAGAAACAUGCUCUACCAACUGAGCUACAGAGGACCAAAUGUAAUGUUGUCCCCUUCUCUGUGCCUCUGAAGAAUGGCAUCGUACAGUGAGGGUCUGAGCUGUGGACUGAACCUCAGAGAACAGCUCUCUGGUUGUACCUGCAUACCUGCCUGGUCCUUGGUGCUACUUGUUUCAUAUCAACACCACUAAAAGACAUCAAACCCUGAUGUGCACUUUGUACACAAAUC